AUGUCAAACUUCAGCUGUCUUAGCGAUCACGUGACCGUCGCAUGCCUCAACCUCGGAGAAGCCAUCAUAACCAUCGCUAGUAUGCUCACAGUAAUGCUGAUAAUUAUCCUUGGUAACUUACUUGUUGUGAUCACCGUAUAUCGCGAUCGUAAGCUGCGCCUUCAACGUCAGAACUGGUUGAUAAUUUCGUUAGCGUUGGCUGAUCUGUUAGUAGGAUUGUUGGUGAUGCCACUGACGCUCAUCUAUGAAAUUAUAGGCGAAUGGAAAAUGGGUGAGAAUUAA